GGUCUGUGUGCGCUCGCUCCCGGCGGUGGGCAGGUUCGGUGCAGUAGUUGCGCCCCCUGGCGGGCGGAGCUUGCAGCGCGAUCCCGCACUCAGGUGACCGGUGCUCCCCGGAGCGGACGCUGCUCAGUCUCUGGCCGGGAAUAUGGAGAGUGAGCGGGGCUGGCGCUGACAGCUGCAGUCCGGGGAUCUCACCACACAGCCAGGAUCCUGGACGCCGAGACGAUGAGCGGGGGCAGCGGCUCCUCUCCAGCCUCUGGCUCGGCCGCUGCUCCUUGUCGCCUGGCCCAUUACUUCGUGAUAUGCGGGACGGACGCGGACAGCGGGCUGGAGCCUGAUGAGCUGGCCGUCUUAUACCAAUGGCUAGAAGCAGAACGACAUGGCAGAAGCCACGACCCCGAGCAGAAAGGUGAGCACUUUGAUCAGAGUCCCGUCAGAAGAACAUUCAAGUCCAAAGUGCUGGCUCACUAUCCGCAGAAUGUGGAGUGGAACCCCUUUGACCAAGAUGCAGUCAACAUGCUCUGCAUGCCCAAAGGACUGUCCUUCAGGACCCAGACGGACAACCGGGACCCCCAGUUCCAUUCAUUCAUCAUCACUAGAGAAGACGGCUCUAGAACAUACGGGUUCGUCCUCACGUUUUUCGAAGAGGUGACCAGCAAGCAGAUCUGCACCGCCAUGCAGACCCUGUAUCAGAUGCACAACGCGGAGCAGUGCAAUAGUGUAUACGCCUCGUCCUCCUGCAGCAUGGACUCCUUAGCCAGCAGCAUGGAUGAUGGCGAUGCCACCUCUCUAGCCAAGCUCCAGAGAUAUAACUCUUACGAUAUCAGCAGGGACACGCUCUACGUUUCUAAAUGCAUUUGUCUCAUAACGCCCCUCCCGUUCAUGCAGCCCUGCAGGAAGUUCCUAACUCAGCUCUACAAAGCCGUCACAUCUCCUCAGCCUCCGCCGUUACCUCUGGAAAGUUACAUCCAUAACGUUCUUUACGAAGUCCCUCUGCCACCACCGGGGAGGUCACUCAAAUUCCAUGGUGUCUACGAACCUAUUGUUUGUCAGAGACCGGGGCCUAACGAGCUCCCUCUGUCUGACUACCCUCUGAGAGAGGCCUUUGAGUUACUGGGACUGGAGAACCUAGUCCAGCUGUUUACUUGUGUUUUACUGGAGAUGCAGAUUCUGCUGUACUCACAAGACUACCAGCGGCUGAUGAGUGUAGCGGAAGGCGUCACGUCGCUCCUUUUCCCGUUUCAGUGGCAGCAUGUGUACGUCCCCAUCCUGCCCGCCUCGCUGCUGCACUUCCUGGACGCACCAGUGCCGUACCUCAUGGGCCUUCAGUCCAAAGAAGGGACAGACCGCUCCAAACUGGAACUCCCGCAGGAGGCUAACCUGUGCUUUGUGGAUAUCGACAACCACUUCAUUGAACUACCUGAGGAAUUCCCGCAGUUCCCCAACAAACUGGAGUUUAUCCAGGAAAUCUCUGAGGUCCUCCUGAACUACGGGAUACCACCAGAGGGCAACCUACACUGCAGCGAGAGCGCCACCAAGCUGAAGAGCCUGGCGUUGGACGACUACGUCAACGACAAAAAGAACGGAAACAUAUCCAGCCAUAACAUUAACAUGUAUGAGCUGCUCAAGGGCAACGAGACCAUGGCUCGCCUGGAGGAAAUCACUAAAAGGACAGGGAUAAAGAUGGAGAAAAUCAGCAUCAGCAUUCCGCUGACGGACACGGAGGAUGACCACAAGCUCCAGUGCACAGAGAAGGAACUCAAAGACUACAAGCUCAACGUGCAGAUCCGGGAGGUCUUUGCCAACCGGUUCACACAGAUGUUUGCCGACUACGAGGUGUUCGUCAUUCAGGCCGCACAUGACAUGGAGUCCUGGCUGACAAACCGAGAGCAAAUGCAGAACUUUGACAAAGCCUCGUUCCUGUCCGACCAACCUGAGCCCUACCUCCCGUUCCUCUCCCGAUUUAUCGAGACGCAGAUGUUUGCCACAUUUAUAGAUAACAAAAUCAUGUCUCUAUGGGAGGAGAAGGACCCUUUGCUCCGCGUGUUCGAUUCCCGCAUCGAAAAGAUCCGAAUGUAUAAUGUGAGAGCGCCAGCAAUCCGGACCUCUACUUACCAGGCAUGUUCCACCAUAAAAGAGGCCGCGCAGUCUAUUGAACAACGCCUUACGAAGAUCGAUCACACGGCCAUCCACCCACACUUGCUUGAUAUGAAAAUUGGACAAGGAAAAUAUGAGCAGGGCUUCUUCCCCAAAUUGCAGUCCGACGUGUUGGCGAAUGGGCCGAUUAGCAACAAUCGCUGGGUGAGCCGAAACGCCACGGCGCAGCGGAGGAAGGACCGCCAGCGGCAGCAUUCAGAGCACCUCCGAUUAGACAAUGACUUGAGGGAGCCGUCAGAGGAGAUUUUGAUCCGUCAGAACUCCAUGGCAUUCUGGGAGUGGGAUCAGGUGUUCCCUGCUCCGGCACGGCCUCCCAAAAAAUCCUUCUCUGAGUGCUGCCUGAAAUACAUGCAGGAAGCACGGAGCCUGGGCAAGACUGUGAGACAGCCCAAGCUGUCCGAUCUCUCCCCCGCCGUCAUAGCACAGACUAACUCCAAGUUUGUGGAAGGGCUCCUAAAGGAAUGUCGGAUGAAGACCAAACGAAUGCUGGUAGAGAAGAUGGGCCAUGAAGCCGUGGAGCUUGGCCACGCCGACGCCAACAUAACGGGUCUAGAGGAGAACACCCUGAUCGCCAGUUUGUGUGACCUGCUGGAGAGGAUCUGGAGCCACGGCCUGCAGGUCAAGCAGGGGAAGUCGGCUUUGUGGUCCCAUCUAGUCCAGUACCAGGAGCGGGAGGAGAGGCACGAGCACAUCGCCGAAUCACCAGUUUCCCUCGGUCCUGAACGCAGGAAAUCUGAUACUGGGGCUGCUUUGCCCUUGCUGCGGGUGUCUCUAAUCCAGGACAUGAGACAUAUCCGGAACUUGAGUGUGAUAAAGACCGACGUCGGCAGGGCCCGUGGCUGGAUACGGCUUGUCCUGGAGAAGAAAUUGCUGUCACAGCACCUCAAACAGCUGCUGACCAAUCACAUGCUUACUAAGAAGCUGUAUAAGCGCUAUGCCUUCCUGCGCUGUGAGGAGGAGAAGGAGCAGUUUCUCUACCAUCUCCUCUCGUUGAACGCUGUGGACUACUUCUGCUUUACCAGCGUGUUCACCACCAUCAUGAUUCCCUAUAGAGCUGUGAUCAUCCCCAUCAGGAAGAUAAGUAACGCCAUCAUCACAUCUAACCCUUGGGUGUGCGUCUCCGGUGAGCUGGGAGAUACUAAAGUUAUGCAGAUCCCCAAGAACCUGCUAGAGAUGACGUUUGAGUGCCAGAACCUGGGGAAACUCACUACAGUCCAGCUGGGACACGACAACUCGGGACUUCUGGCCAAGUGGCUGGUAGACUGCGUCAUGGUCAGGAAUGAAAUAACCGGACACACGUACAAAUUCCCAUGCGGUCGUUGGUUAGGUAAAGGAAUCGAUGACGGGAGCCUUGAAAGAGUUCUUAUCGGGGAGUUGAUAACCCCAAUAUCCGAUGAGGACAUUGGGAAGCAAAGCCGGACCCCACCUCAGCAAAAGUCCCCCACUACCAUCCGCAGGCUGAGCAUUACCUCUCUGACGGGGAAAAACUGCAAACCGAACGCAGGGCAGAUCCAGGAAGGAAUCGGGGAAGCAGUGAAUAAUAUCGUCAAACAUUUUCACAAGCCAGAAAAAGAGAGAGGCAGCUUAACCAUCCUGCUCUGCGGAGAGAAUGGCCUCGUCUCGGCCUUGGAGCAAGUCUUUCAUCACGGAUUUAAAUCUGCCCGCAUUUUCCAGAAGACCGUUUUCAUCUGGGACUUCAUAGAAAGAGCCGUGGCUUACUUUGAAACCAAUGAUCAAAUUGGAGACGGAGAAGAAGACCAGCUGCUUCAGAGAUCGUCCUGCAAAGUCUUCUGUCACUAUGUCAACACCAUUGUGGCAGCUCCCAGAAAUAUUGGCAAGGAUGGGAAGUUCCAGCUUCUGGUGUGCCUGGGAGCGCGGGAUCAUUUGCUGUCACAGUGGAUUCCUCUUCUGGCUGAGUGCCCAUCUAUCACCCGGAUGUACGAGGAGACUGCCCUACUAAGAGAUCAAAUGAUGGUACAUUCUCUUGUCCGGGUGCUACAGACUCUGCAAGAUUUCAACAUUGUCCUGGAGGGUUCUCUCACUAAAGGAGUAGACGUUUAGGACUACACUUGGAACACUGUACAAUAUCUCGCUUUCUGGGAAUUUUUUUCCCCCCAAUUUUGAGAGUUUACUCUGGACCUUUGUAAUUUGCUACAGAGAUGUAGUACACUGGAUUUAGUAACGAAUCACUGAAAGCCGUUGCGAAAUGCGUUAGCGCACAACAGGCAAGGCUCCAAUCGCAGUAAUGCUAUAAGGCAUCCCUAAAAUUAUUGCCUAGUAAAUUUGAAUCAGAUAUUUAGUACAAUAGAGUAUUUUCCUGUCUUAUGUGUAAAUACGACUGGGUUUUGUUUCUGUUUUUUUUUUUUUUGCCUUUUUUUAUCAGAAUAUAUUUCAGUUGAUUUUACUAAGUAUUUCUUCCUCCUUCUUUUGUUUUUGACUGUGGAAUGAGGGUUAGAAAUCCCUCACCUAACCAUGUGUUUAACUAGCAGAUUGUUGUUUGUUUCCGUUACAUUAAACAUUGAGCCACAUUAAAGCACACCCUUCACCGAUACCCAGGUGUCGGCCAUGUUGUGAGUUGUGCUCUUAUUCAUGAUGAAGCACCUUACCAUUUGGCUCAGGUCCUGUGAUGUCACUAAGAAUGCUGCCUUUCAGUUCUUUUGUGGACCGGUGACAUCACUGCAUAGGCUGCAUCCUCAUGAAUAUUGGUUCAUGUCACCAGCCGUGACACAGUCACUCUUUCCUAGUGACUGGAUAGGCUACAUUUGUAUAACUCACGGUUCGGCCCACUGUGUGUAGGUGACGGGAUACCCUUGUGUUAAAUUACAAGCAUGUUUUAAAAGUUUAUAUGUUGUAAAUACUGCGAGUCCUAAAAUAACUAUUUUCCUAAGUUAUAUAGCAAGAAACCACUGCAAGUAUUAAGAUGUAGCCAUCUGUAUUCUUGGUCUAUACAUAUAUAUUGUGAAUGUAAAUUAUAUUUGUCAAGGUUGCAACAUUCCCAAUUCCCUUGUCCUUACAGAUUUAUUUUCAUUACUCUGAACAUUUUGCAUCUGAAUAUAUGUAAAACAUAAAAGGCUGGCAUGAA